AUGAUGUUGUGUGCCUUUUCCCAUACUCACAGUCUCCGCCAGGUGCAACCCAACUCCGUGCACCCAUCCCCUCACCGAUACGCCUGCCCCAACUUCGACCAAUACCCCAACAAUCGAAUCUCGACUACGAAAUACACCGUGUACACGUUCUUGAUCAAAAACCUCUGGGAGCAGUUCCACCGAUGGGCCAACUGGUUCUUCAUUGUUAUCAUUUUCCUGAACGCCUUCAAAAUCUUUGCCGCCUUCAACCGUUUCCUCGGCAUCAUUCCGGUGGCUUGCAUUCUCGUCGCUACCGCGAUAAAGGACAUUUUCGAAGAUCUACGCCGCUACCGCCUCGACAAGAAAAUCAACGAGUCGACGUGUUUGGUCUGGGAUCAUGUGCAUCUACAGUUUCGCCGGAUGCAGUGGCAGCACAUUCUCGUCGGCGACUACGUGCACAUUUCGAAUAUGGAGCCGUUCCCGGCCGAUAUUUUGCUGCUACGGUCUUCUGAAGCUACGGGCACUUGCUUCAUCGAAACAUCAAAUUUGGACGGGGAGACGUCGCUGAAGCAGAAGAACGUCCCGAAAAGCAUCGUGCAUUUGUCAGAGGACCCGAACGCCAAUUUUGACGAGAUCGCGCCUAAGCUACCGGUUGAACAUCGCUGUAUGCAUCCCUCCAAGAGCCUCCAGGAGAUGUACGGCUUCGUCGAGUCGGCCAAGGGCGACAAGGACAAUUUUACCAAAGAACACAUGCUGUGGCGAGGGUGUCGACUCCGGAAUACAACAUUUGUCGAGGGGAUCGUACUGUAUGCUGGUGGCGACACCAAGGUGAUGUUGAACAAUGGGCGGCCCAAAGCAAAACGCUCCCAAAUCGAGCUCCUCACAAACAAGUUCAUCCUCUUCUGCUUCCUGAUCUUGAUCGCCAUGUGUAUGGUCGGCUCGAUGGGUGCAGCCAUUAAUGCGGCAAAUGUCGACCACCAGAAUGUCACCUCGCCAUUUCAGGUUAUCCAGGACAAAAAGUGGUGGCUGGAUGGGUUGACCAGCAUCGGCACGUUCAUCAUCAACUAUCAGGUGAUGGUCCCCCUCUCACUCUACAUCACCGUCGAGCUGAUCAAGCUGGGCCUGGUUUUCCUGAUGCAACAAGAUGUGCAUUUGUAUUAUGAUGGAAAGGACCAGCGAGUGCAAGUACGAAAUCUGACGAUCCCGGAGGAGCUCGGGCAGAUCACCCACGUCCUCAGCGACAAGACCGGGACGGUCACGGAGAACGUGAUGUUGUUUAGGAGGUGCGCCUUCGACCACUUUGACUACGGUAUGCCGGCCGGGAUACAUGCGCACCACCGCGCCCCCUCCUCUGGCCUACACCCCACCGAUGAGCUGCGAUUACGCGUCUUGUCGACAUGGCGAAUGGAUGAGCAUAUGCGGCAUUUCUUCACUAAUCUUGCCUUGUGCAACACCGUUGUCGUCAACAGGCAGCAUAAGGAUAUGUUGGACGUCGGCCGAUAUGAAGAUGGCGUCUACACCAUCGACAACUCGGCAUUCUAUACCGUGACCGAGGCCGAGUUCCAGGAAAAGCAGGAAAAAUUCAGGAUUCAUAAGGAGCGCGCGAUCCGCUUUCAUGAUGAGAGUGUACGAGCAAAAGCCGAAGCCGCGGCGGCCAGGACCGCGACUUCCGACUCUACACUGGAUGCCAUUACCUCAGGAGACGAGGAGGACGAGGUGGAUUCUGACGAGGAGAAGCCGGGCCAACGCCUCUCUCGGGUCUCCACCUUCUCCCACCGCAUCUCCUCCGGCAUCAAGAACUUCUUGCCGCGCAUCAGCAGCAUAAUCUCCACCCCCGGCUCGUCAAUCCGGAAGCGCAAGCACAAAAGGAAGGAGCCCAAGAACAAGAAGAAAGAGAGCCGCUACGAAGCGGAAAGUCCAGAUGAGUUGGCGCUUGUUGAGGGUGCCGCUCAGUACGGAUUUGUGCUCGAGGAGAGGGGAGCUACGCACGUGACGUUGCAGUUACCAGACUCGAAGAAGCAGAGAGUUGAAGUACUCCGCAUCCUUCCCUUUGACGCCGACAGGAAACGCAUGUCAAUCAUCGUCAAAGGCCAAGCGGGACCGAUCCUGUAUACCAAGGGAGCUGAUACUGCGAUUCUGAGCAGACUAGCCAAGGAGCCGGAAGCGGACGCGGAAUCGGAUACAGAAAGUAUAGCCACCUCGGCCAUCGCCUCCUCCAGAAUCUCCGUCGAACGAGCUGGCGUCCUCCUCGGCCACUACGCCGGAAAGGGAUUACGUACCCUUGCGUACGGGAUGAAAAAGAUGACGUGGGAAGAGUAUCACCACUUUGCCGAGCAGUACGAGUUUCUCGAAACCCUGAACGCCGACGAUCGCGACAAGUUGAUGGCCGAGAAGGCCGACGAGCUCGAGUCGAACUUGCAAUUUUUGGGGGUGACGGGUGUGGAGGACAAACUACAGGAAGGGGUCUCCGACACGAUCACCUCACUUCGAGAAGCCGGCCUGCAGGUGUGGCUGCUGACCGGGGACAAGCUGGAGACCGCCGAGAACAUUGCUCGAGCCUGCGGCUUAUUCGACUCACGAUACCCGGAAGUGUCUGUAUCUACACAGGAGGGAUUGGCCGAGAUUGUUGGAUUGGGCAGAUGCAACAUCAAGCUCGCCCCGGAAGCACUGAAAAUGCUAAAAGAUGGUGAUGAAAAGCUGCUGGAUAUCGUGAAGAGGAGUGCCUCUGUGCUUUGCUACCGAAUGACGCCGGCCGAGAAAAGCGAGGUGGUCGGAUGUGUGAAGCGGAAAUUCAAGGGGAGAGUGCUGGCUAUAGGCGACGGCGCCAACGACGUCCCGAUGAUCCAGGCGGCCCAUGUCGGCGUUGGGGUCAGCGGAAACGAGGGAAUGCAGGCGGUGAUGGCGUCAGACUUUGCGAUCGCGCGCUUCCGCUUCCUCGAACGCUUGCUGCUGAUCCACGGCCACUGGAACUACGACCGAAUCGCGAAUACUUACCUUUAUUUUCUAUACAAAAACGCUCUGCUCGUGUUCAUCAUCUUCUUCUGCCAAUUCUACUCGCUUUUCUCCGGCGAGAGCCCUAUGGACCCAAUAUAUUCAAUGUUGUACUCAAUUAUAUUCACUAGCGUUCAACCGAUCAUCUACGGCAUCUACGACCAGUGCAACGAGGGAAAAUCACUUAUGGAGCGCCCAUCUUCGUAUCGAAAAACCAUGGAAGGGCGGUGCUACUCGUGGAAACUCUUCUUCUUCAACAUUGGCGAUGCUUUAUAUCAGGGCGCCGUUUGCUACUACAUUGCGCAUAACUGGGCCUACGGCGCGAACGUCGGCCUCUGGGAGUUCGGCUUCAUCCUGGCCACCUCCAUGUUUUUGUGCAACACGUUCCACUUGGCGUUAGAAGUGCGAUGUUGGACCUGGCCAAUUUGGUCGAUUUUCCUCUUCUUCACGGUCCUCCAUUUCGGCUUCUUCCUUGCCUACCAUGCGCUAUGCGGCCCAUGGAGUGGGCUUUACGGGCCGCCGAUUCUCGUCUCGUUCCGGUCGAUGACACAAGCCAGCUUCUACAUUGUCGAAUUGCUGACGGUCGUCACUGCUCUAAUACCCAGGCUCCUCUACCGCGUCUACCUCAGCAAAAGAGAGGGCAAACUCGGCAGCGAGCUCACGUUUUGCGGAAUUAGCGUA